GGCUCGUCUCUGACGUCUGGUUUCUCGACCACGGACUUCUUGCCAUGACUGCUGACAAUCAGGUAGUCAGUCACUGGCUUUUGACUAUGCUCACGAGGGCAUACCGCGAGCCAGAUUUUCCGUGCGGGCACCGUCGCAAGCUCCUACCGCAUCCUGUAUUUUCCAUGGGCACUGUCCAAGUCAUCUUUACGACGCAACCGCAAGCCGGAGAUUGCGGUGUUACCCGGCAGAGCGGCGGGCGGCGACGCUAGCGGCGGCGUCGGCGACAGCGGCCCCACUCGCGCCGACGAGCGGGAUCGAGCUCGGCCUUUACUCCGGGCGGCCACGGGUCGCCCAGCACAGGCUUGACAGCGAUUAUAAAAGCGCCGUCGCGGCCAUUAUACCAGCGCCCCGGCAGCUCACCAACUCAAGCCAUCACCAACCUCUUCGCGUCACCAUGGCCAAGUACAUCAACAAGCUCCAGGGCCACCGCGUUCUCGUCCUCGGCGGCUCGACGGGAAUCGGCUUCUGCGUCGCCGAGGCCGCCCUUGAGCACGGCGCCCACAUCAUCGUCAGCAGCUCCAGCCAGCAUAAGCUGGACAAGGCCGCAGCACGUCUCCGCGAGCACGCUCGAGCGGCCGGUGUGUCGUCGACGAUCGCCGCCAAGACGUGCGACCUCGGCAGCGCCGACACCAUCGAGGACAACAUCGUCCAGCUGCUCGACUUCGCCACGCAGGACGGCAAGCUCGACCACGUAGUCUUCACCGCCGGAGACGCCAUCAACAUCAUCUCCCUCAAGGACAUCACCGUCGAGAGCUUCCACAAGCUGGGCAUGGUGCGCCAAGUCGGGCCCAUCCUCCUGGCCAAGCACCUGCCCAAAUACAUCAACACAAAUGUCCGCAGUUCGUUAACACUCACCGGCGGGACCAACACCUGGCGCCCCGGUCCUAACUGGGCCGUCAUCGCCGCGGGGGGUGGUGCCUCGGAGGGGUUCGCCCGCGGGUGCGCCGUCGACCUCCGGCCGGUGCGCGUGAACUGCAUCAUGGUCGGCGCCGUGAGGACGGAGCUCUUUGAUAGCAUACCGGAGGAGCGCAUGGCCAUCGUCCUAGAGAGCAUGAGGAAGGAGGGCAUCACGGGAACUGUCGGACGGCCGGAGGAGGUGGCCGAGGCGUACAUCUACUGCAUGAAGGACACUUUCGCCACGGGCGGGAUAGUCGAGUCGAACGGCGGGCGCCUGGUGGGAGACAGCAAGGACAGCCUCCUAUUCGGCUAGAGGGCAUCCAGUGUAUGCAUCGUGGGUAGUGAGCAUCGAACCUGGAGUCAUCGUCUCGGUCACGCUAUGCAUUGGCGUGCACGUGACGCUAGACAGCCUCACUCGCUGUGUGGAUUAGCCGCUCUGCUCAUCAG